AUGGCAUUCCCGUUUCUGCGAGCAUUUAUCGCACUCUUUGUCUAUCGCUACACCCGCCUCGUGCUGAACCUCCUCUCAUUCUGGACCUUUAAACCAAUUCCACCUCCCGAGAAUCCCAAAUUAACAUCUCAAGAUGUGACGGUGAUUAUUCCCACGCUAGAUGGAAAUGGGGAUGAGCUGGUCGAGACCAUCCGAUCAAUUCUCGACAAUCAACCCUUCGAACUGCUCCUGGUGACCAUCGAAGCCAAUCGCAAGAAGGCCGAGAAGAUGCUGAGCACCAUGCCAGCAUCCAAGUCCCGAAUCCGUCUCUUCACCGUCAUGCACCCCAACAAGCGCCGUCAAAUGACCCGCGCCAUUCCCGAAGUCCGAACCGCCAUCACCCUACUGGCCGACGACGACGUGAGCUGGCCCCGCACCCUCCUCCCCUGGAUUCUGGCCCCGUUCGAAAAGGACGAGAAGUACGGCGGCGUCGUCACCUGCCAGCGACUCCGUCGCGCUAACCAACCAACCCUCUCCCAGCGCGUCUGGGGCUUCCUCGGCGCCCUGUACCUGGAGCGUCGCAACUUCGACUGCGGCGCAACGACCCAUGUGGACGGUGGCCUUCCCUGCAUGUCGGGACGGACGGUUGCGUAUCGGACGCGGAUUUUGCAGAAUGAGGGCUUCACUUACGCUUUCACCAAUGAGGAGUGGUGGUGGGGGAAGUACCAGCUCAACGCUGACGAUGAUAACUUUAUCACCCGCUGGAUGGUUUCGCAUGGUUGGGAAACUUAUAUGCAGUACCACCCGGAGGCGGAGGUGCUGACUACCCUCGAGGACAACCCUCGUUUCUUGAAGCAAUGUGCACGCUGGUCCAGAAGCAAUUGGCGGAGCAACCUGACUUCCAUGUUCCACGAAAAGCACAUAUGGUACCGUCAGCCUUGGAGUGCGUAUGCCGUCCAUUUGACAACCUUGUCGCCGCCGGCCCUUCUAGGCGACCUUUUACUUGUUUGGUUGUGCCACCGAGCCACCGGCUCCUGGGGCGAAUCUUUGCACGAUAGCUCUAUGACGGCUUUAUACUUUUGGAUCUUCACUAGCAAGUGGAUUAAGCUCCUGGGUCACUAUCUUCGCUAUCCCGUGGAUGUACUGCUGCUGCCAGUCUCCGUUCUAUUUGGAUAUUUCCACGGUGCCAUUAAGAUGUACGCCGUUAUGACACUGAAUGUGACCACAUGGGGUAGCCGUGACGGCGCUGAUGACUAUGACGCCGAGCGUAUGAAGAAGCGGACGGCUGCUGAUCGAAUGAAGCAACCCUACUACCCGCAAUACUUCAUCAAAUGA